GUGAGGGGAGUGAGCCGGCGGUGAUCAUUUGAAGGCGGUGAGGGAGAGCGAGGGAGAGGAAGGGCUGCUCCGCUCUGCUGUGUGUGGGCUUCGGGAUUUUUUUUUUUUUUUUCUUCUUCUUUUCCUACUUCCAUCCUGUCCCCGUCACUGGAAGUCCUCCCGUAUCUAAAUGGAAUUAGUGGAGACCGAAGCCCCUUGUGUAAGGAACAGACAUGACCCAUGGGCGCAGCUUCUUUCACAUUGUAGCAAGUCUAAUCAUCCUACAUUUGUCUGGGGCAACCAAAAAAGGAACAGAAAAGCAAACUACUUCCGAAGGACAGAAACCAGUGCAGUGUGGAACUUGGACAAAAUAUGCAGAAGGAGGCAUCUUCACUUCUCCCAAUUACCCCAACAAGUAUCCUCCUGACAGAGAAUGCGUCUACAUUAUAGAAGCUGCCCCUAGACAAUGCAUUGAACUACACUUUGAUGAAAAAUAUUCCAUAGAGCCUUCUUGGGAGUGUAAAUUUGACCAUAUUGAAGUACGAGAUGGACCUUUUGGCUUUUCCCCAAUCAUUGGACGUUUCUGUGGACAGCAAAAUCCACCUAUGAUAAAAUCCAGUGGCAGAUUCCUAUGGAUUAAGUUUUUUGCUGAUGGUGAGCUGGAAUCUAUUGGGUUUUCUGCUCGGUAUAAUUUUACACCUGAUCCAGAUUUUAAGGACCUUGGCAUUUUGAAACCAUUGCCAGUUUGUGAGUUUGAGAUGGGAGGACCUGAAGGAAUUGUGGAAUCUGUACAAAUUGUCAAAGAAGGAAAAGCUUCUGAAACUGAAGCAGUAGACUGUAAAUGGUACAUCCGAGCACCACCCCGAUCCAAGAUCUAUUUGCGAUUCUUGGACUAUGAGAUGCAGAAUUCCAAUGAAUGCAAAAGGAAUUUUGUAGCUGUCUAUGACGGAAGCAGCUCCGUGGAGGAUUUGAAAGCAAAGUUUUGCAGCACCGUUGCUAAUGAUGUAAUGCUGCGGACAGGUCUGGGUGUAAUCCGCAUGUGGGCAGAUGAAGGCAGUCGAAACAGCCGAUUCCAGAUGCUCUUCACAUCUUUCCAAGAACCCCCUUGUGAAGCCAACACAUUCUUUUGCCACAGUAAUAUGUGUAUUAAUAAUACAUUGGUCUGCAAUGGACUCCAGAAUUGUGUGUAUCCUUGGGAUGAAAACCACUGCAAAGAAAAAAGAAAAGCUAACCUAUUGGACCAACUUACCAAUACCAGUGGGACUAUAAUUGGGGUGACUUCUUGCAUUGUGAUCAUCCUCAUUGUUAUCUCUGUUAUAGUACAGAUCAAGCAGCCUCGUAAAAAAUUUGUCCAAAGGAAAACAGACUUUGAUCAAACAGUGUUCCAGGAGGUGUUUGAGCCUCCUCAUUAUGAGUUAUGCACCCUCAGAGGGACAGGGCCUACAGCUGACCUUGCUGAUGUUGCAGAUGACUUUGAAAAUUAUCAUAAACUGCGGAGAUCAUCUUCAAAAUGCAUUCAUGACCAUCACUGUGGAUCACAAGUGUCUAGCAUUAAGGGCAGCCGUAGUAACCUCAGCACAAGAGAUGCUUCUGUCUUGACAGAAAUACAACCCCAGCCUGUAAAACCACUCAUUCAGCCCAUGAACAGGAGAAAUAUCCUUGUCAUGAAGCAUAGCUACUCACAAGAUGCUGCAGAUGCGUGCGAGAUAGACGAAAUUGAAGAGGUACCAACCACAAGUCACAGGCUGUCCAGACAUGAUAAAGCUGUUCAGCGCCAUAACAUUCCAGGUUCUGCCUCAUUGGGUCUCUAAGCAAACAUGAGUCUGAGUACAACACAACUAGGGUCUAAGGGACAAACUUGAGGUAAGUAAACAUACCUAUACAACAAUUGAACCAUCUGUUGCUUUCCAUUUUAUUUGUUAUACCGCUAAAAUGCAUGUUAGUUCUCAAGUUAUAUGUCACCUUGUAUGGAGAGAGCCAGGUUUGAAUACUGAGAAAACUGAAAGACAGAUGACCACUUUAGCAUUGUAAACGAAGCAAAAUCUAUUAAUUCCUUAUUCUCAACAGCACUAUAAUCAUCCCCUAGCUAAAUAUAAUCUUCAUUCCAAACACAUUAUAAAGACAGAUGCUUUGCAUGGCUCUGGUGUUUCAUUUAUUUUUUUAUUUAUGAAAAUAAAAUUUAGAGUCCCAGCAUGUGAAAUAGUAUGUAAAACUUGGUGAUCUAACCCAAGCCAGGAAAAUGUGGAACUAUCUGUUUUCAGUUCAUUUUAUUAAUUCAACUUUGUGAAGUGUCGGGGGAAGGGUAUGUGGUAGUACUGAUAAAUUUAGAGAUUCUGUAGCACUAAUGUUAAUGUUUGCAAAUUAAACUUCCUUUUUUGAGUCUUUUCCUAGGCUUUUCAUUUUGUAUAAUUUGUUAUCAACACUUUUAAUCUCAAUAAACAUAAUCUCAGAUGUUUAUAAUGUAGUUAUAGAUAGUUGCUAGUCUGUCAAUUUAUAUAUGUGUAUGUGUGUAUAUAAAUAUAUAAACAUAGAUGUAUAUAUACAUGUUUAUAUGUGUAUAUAUGUAUACAGCAAUUUUACUGGGAAAGAAUCCAUCAAUGCUUUUAUUGCUCCUAGAUAGUUUAGGUCAAUAUUUUUCUGUAUUUUUCCUCAUAGAGAGAGCAUAUUUUAACUUUGGUUUGCUUUCAGACAACUAUUCAUGCAAUCAUGCAAACUCUGAAUGGAAAAAUAUAUAGUGAAUUAUUUCAGCUGUCUGAAAGAGAGAGUGGACAUGUUUCCAAUUUCAUUUGAUUGCCUUUAUCCAAACCUAAGAAGUACAGACAUAUCUUACUUCCUUAGCAAGACAUUCCCAUUGCACAAUAAUGUUUCUUUUGUAAUUUGGUUGCCGGCCACCAAGUGCUCCUUAGUUUUUAAAUACAUUUGGAGAUUUGCUGCAAACUUGAAGAAGAAAUUAGCUCCUAACUGAGAUCGUCCUUUUUUUUUUUUUUUUUAAUCUUAGUUUUAUUUCAGUUGAUAUGUUUUAUGUCUGUUAUUUACUUGUAUGUUGUGUGAUAUGUGGAAGAAGAUUUACAUUGAACUUUUGUUAUAUGUACGUUGUUUUCAUUAUAUAGACUGCUUGAGAAUAGUGCGCUCCUGGGUGAUUUUGAACAUGCUACAAUGAAAUGUGAAACUAUCGUCCUUGGAAACACCAGCUAGAGGUUUUAUGGACUCUCUGACCAGCUAUUCUCAUAUCAUGACAAAAUUCAGCAAACAGUGUUGAGUAAAGUUACUAGAAGGCAAUAAGACUUUGGUUAUCAUGCUUAUCGGUCAUUUCUCUUUUUCUUUUUCUCUCUUCUUUUUGUUGCAAGUUAAAUUCCCAAUUUCAGGAACAAUUUAUUGAAAUCAGGUAUUUAGCCACUCAUAAUCACUUCAAUAGAAAUGUUUGUUGGAUAAGCAUCUAGCAAUAUGACUGAAUUUGACAUUGAGAAAAUAAUCUGCAUGUAUGUUACUGAAUAUUUGAGUUGGCAAAAAUCCCUUUCUUAGAUACAUUGUAAAAAGCAUGCUUUCACAAUUAUUGCUGUUACUGUUCCAUUUCUGUGUCAUAUGCUUGCUACUUGUAACUUUUUAUAUAAAGAUACAUAAAACAAUGUAUAAUAAUUUCUUACCUUGAGUUUAAUGGCAAUGUUUUCUUUUACUAAAUUUAUAAAUCUUGUAUAAUUCGGAAGAUCAACCUCAAAAUGUAGCUUCUAGGAACUUGAAACCCAGAUACAUCAGAGAAUCAGCUCUCUCUCAUCCCUCACACUGAAAAGCAAAAUACAUUAUUUUUUAAAAAUUUAAAUUAAUUCAUAAUACAUAAAGUUGAUCACCUAAUUUCAGUUUAAAAGGUUUAUGAUAACCUUUGUGUUCAAUUCUCUACUCUUAACUAAUUUAUUUCCAUGGCAAUUAUUAGGAAGUUUGCUUCAGUGUAGCAGAGUAGCAGAUUUUUAUCAGUUAUACAAAUGUUAUGGCUGGGCUCCAAUUUUAGAGAUACAGAUAUAAACUGCUUCCUUAUGCAAGAUAAAACGAUAUUGAUAAUGCAAGUUAUAAAGACUAGUAACCAACACCUAAAUCAAACUUGAGAGGUUAAGUUAUUAAGGAAUUAUUGUAGGUUGAAAAGCCACAAUUAUGUAAAGUUGAAACCUCCCUCAUUUAAGAACUCAAUAACCAUGCAGAAAAUCACAGUUUCAUUACCUAUUUAAAGUCUUAUCUUCCAAAUUCCGUUUCAAAACAAAUCCCAGUUCCUUCUUAAACAUAGUGUCAUUCAUGAUUGUUAGGUUUUUCUGUAUAAAAAUUCUGCUAAUUUUAUUGAAAAAGUGGGAAGAAUUCCAUGGAUCUUCCCAAAGUAUAAAUAAAUGGGAAAAGAGAAAACCUGAAAGACAGACAUAAAAAAUAAGGUGAUCUAUAUCAGCUAUUUAAAUAUAUAGUACAUAAUUUACAUAACUAAAAAUAUAGGAAAUCUGAUUUCUACAAAACAAUUUCUACAAAUGUGAUUUAGGAAUGACAUGAGAAGAAGAAGGGUUUCAGGUAUUUGCCUCUUUUUUUGUACACUGUAUUUGCAAUGUAUUUUACAUAAUUUGAUUUUAGCUUGAUUAAUUUGUUUGUUAUCACAUAUUAGCUGCAAGAACCAGUCCUCCAUCCUCUGCAGUCAUUGAGCGUCAUUGAGUUGUCUUUCAGUUACAUGGAUUUUUAGCAUGCACUAAUAGUUCAUUUCCAGAUCAGUAUCUCUUUCCCAAGUUCAUAUACUUUAUCACUGUUUUUUUCCUUAAUCUUUCCAAGUCCUAUCUUGUGAUCUUUUCUUAAGUAUAUUAUGUUAUUUGCCACAUCCAUGCUUAAAAUGGAUGCAUCCAUGCAUCCAUUAUAAAAUCAAGGAAGAAUGAAAGACUUGCUGAAAGAAAUGCAUAUACAUGCACACACAUUUAUGUAUAUUUAUAAAUAUUUACUAAUGGAGGUAGUAUAUGAAUAAAUAUAUAAGGAGAAAUCUGAAUAUGUGAAUUUAGCUUUGAAUGAAUUAUAUUGGUCACCUAGAAAAAUGCUGAAGCCUUGGAUUUUAAAGUUGCUAUGUAAGUGCCUAAAUCCCACUGAAACAUAGAGUUGGUCUAAUCCCUCCUAAACAAGGACACAAUGAAAUCUAUUUUAUGGUUUUUCCAGUGAAGUGUUGACUGAGAGAACUUAACUGGAGAAGACAUGGGUAUUAGUAAUUAUGUUGCAUGCACAUCCUUGCUUUCUUAAAAAAACCUAAUUGCAUCAGGGAACAUGAGUGAGAAACAUAAAAACCUGUGUAAAUAAAGCAGGUCAAACAAAGUGAGAAUGGUAAUGCUUAUUUGACCUUGGAAACUCCUUUAGAAACAUGUUGUCUAACAGCUAGGUAUAGCCUUAAACAAAAACACCAUUGUAAAUGACAAAAUAUGUGUAUACUGGGGGAACAGGGUUGAAUUAUAAAAUUAAAAAAUAAACAACAAUAAAUUCAAACCCAAUUAAAAUAUUAUAAUUGAAAUAUUUAAGUAAUUAUAUUCUGUAUAUAGUCAAUGUCAAUAAUAGCCUAGUCCACUAUACUGCAAACAGUAAAGAUUAACUUUUGUUCGGUAUCACAAAAUAGUAGGAUAUCAUAAUGUGAUCUAUAAAACUCAAAAUAUUAAAAUAAAAGGGGUUGUUGCUGAAAAUAAA